AUCUACUAGAUGCAAAUCCCAUAUAAAAAUGCUAUAUGUUUCAUAAAAUAGAAACCGUUGCCAAUAUUUUCAAUUUUAAAAGGUUAUAUAUCCAUUUCUCCCAAUAUUUUCAAUUUUAAAUGACAAGAACCCAAAGCCAGUAUUCUUAUGGUUUUUGAACUUUCUCAAGAAAACCGGAACGGCAGAACAACUGAAUCUAAUUACCUCCCGAGGCAGGAGUAAUGUCCGUGACGCUUCACACGAAUCUGGGCGACAUAAAGUGCGAAAUAUUCUGUGACGAGGUUCCAAAAACUGCGGAGAAUUUUUUGGGGUUGUGUGCAAGUGGCUAUUAUGAUGGGACCAUAUUCCACCGGAAUAUUAAGGGUUUUAUGAUCCAAGGUGGUGAUCCCACAGGGACAGGAAAAGGUGGUGCAAGCAUUUGGGGGAAAAAGUUUAAUGAUGAGAUACGGGAAACACUCAAGCAUAAUGCUAGAGGUAUAUUAUCAAUGGCCAACAGUGGUCUAAAUACAAAUGGUAGCCAGUUCUUCAUAAGUUAUGCGAAGCAACCUCAUCUCAAUGGAUUGUAUACUAUCUUUGGAAAAGUUAUUCAUGGGUUUGAUGUCCUUGAUGUCAUGGAAAAGACCCCAUGUGGACCAGGGGAUCGACCACUUGCUGAGAUUAGAUUAAGUCGAGUUACAAUACAUGCAAAUCCACUUGCUGGCUAAAUCCGUUAUGGGGUGCGAGAAGUGAUACAUACAUGCUACUCCCCUUUGGAACCUCCUUUUGAAUAGUCAUAUUGGUCCAACCAUGAACCACCUCAUCUGCAUAUUUUGACAUCGUCGUUGACAUCAUUACCAUAUCCCUAACAUGAUCUAUGCACGCCAAAUUUACAUUCAUAUGGAAUGAUUUUACUGUAACUGUGUUUAGCUAUAUUGUAUUAAAUGUGACCAUUGAUGCAUUACAUUUGCUCGGCUUUUGCAGUUUGUGCAUUGUCUAAACAUUGGUUUGCUAGAUCUGAAUCUUUUUCAUCAGUUUACAACUUAACUAACUGAUGGUGAGCAAGCCACAGAUGCUUCACAUCAUACAAUCUUCAAACUGCCGCAAUAUCUUUCCACGGAUUUUUAA